CUAGAGAAAGAAAGAGAGAACACCAUCAUAAUCUCAUAUUUAUUUAUGUUGAUAGGGCAUACACACUUCUCUGGAAUCGCAACUGAUUCCUCAUUGCCGGCUUGGAUUUUGAUUUGCCCAGCAACGGCCUUUGGCCAACAAAAACUCCGGCAUACUCUCCGACAACGGCCUUUGCCCGAACUCGCACCAUCAUCUAUUUUUAGCAAAAGGGAGACUUGGCGGGAUGAAACGACAACUGAGAACAGCGGUUGUGAUGCUGCGGCUGUGAUGGAUCCGGCGAGGACGAGAUGGCAGAGAUUGCAGUGCCCUCGUUAAGGACCCUAUUUCCGGGGAAGUGUUGGUGGCGGCGGAGGAUAGGGAAGGUUGGGGAUGGGAAAGCAUGGAAAGAAGCAGAAAAGCCAUCGCCAACACAAACUCGGCGGAGGGACCUCUUACAACCCUGAAGAAGAAGAAGACACUCCUCAUGAUUUUUACUUCAAUAAUGACAAUGAUAAUGAACAAAACCCACUUAGCUCUCCCUCUUCGUUUGCUUCCAAACUCAUUCUCUCUGACGAUGAAAUACAGUCAGCCGAAGACGAGAAAGAGAAAGAAGAGGAUAAAAAUGACACGAAUCCAUCAAAGGGUGAUGCCCCAUCUAAGUUCUCACUCUAUCAACAGUCUGUACAGUCGCCAAAAGGAGACAUAAGUUAUCUGCAGAAGUUCUUUCUUAUGUAUGUAGGAGGGAGGUUGCCCCUUCAUCUCCAGGAAGAUUUCUGUGGCACUGCUCUUCUUAGUACAGAAUGGCUUUGUACUGAUGCCAGGCGGACUGCAGUGGGAUUAGAUUUGGACCUUGAGGCGCUUAAUUGGUGCAUGGAAAACAACGUAAAGGCCGAUGGCUACUCUCGGAUAUCCCUGUUUCAUGGCAAUGUUUUGCAAUCUCUUGAGGCCAUAUUAGUGAAGUAUGACACCCAGUAUCUCUUGGGACCAAUUGCACCGGAAGAUGAUGAAGAUUCAGAGACAGUUCCACUGGAUUCUACUAGAGAGGGAAGCCGUAGUGCUUGUAUGAAUAAUAAGUUCAUGAAGGACUUUCCAUUGCCCGCAAGAGAUAUUGUAUGCGCUUUUAACUACAGCUGUUGUUGUCUCCAUAGUCGUAGGGAGCUGGUUUCAUAUUUCAAGCAUGCUUUUAAUGCCUUGUCUAAGAAAGGUGGUAUAUUUGUCAUGGAUUUAUAUGGAGGCACAUCAUCAGAGUGUGAGCUAAGGUUGCAGAGGAGAUUUCCCAAUUUCACGUAUGUCUGGGAGCAAACUGGAUUUGACGUCAUUCAACGCAAAACAAGAAUUAGCCUCCAUUUUCAUCUUGGCAAGCAGCAAAAAAAACUUCGCCAUGCAUUUUCAUACAGCUGGAGACUAUGGUCACUACCUGAGAUUAAAGACUGCUUAGAAGAGGCUGGGUUUCGAUCUGUCCAUUUUUGGAUCCGACAGAUGCCUGACGCUGAAGAAAUCAGAAGCAGAAAGGGAAUGGAUCUUGGUCGAGAAGUGAAAUAUGAAGAAGUCUCGAGUUUCGAGCAGCAAGAUUCAUGGAAUGCUUAUAUUGUUGGUGUUGCUUAGCAAUUGCUCAAUUCCAUCUUCACGAAAUUAAUUUUCAGCUGAAGUCAUGUUAGUAGUUAGAAGCAGAUGAAAAAAUGUCUGCUUAAAAAUCAGGUAAUGAAUUUUAUUUAUUUAUUUAUUUUACGUUCUAAACCUUUCUUAACCUUUACUGAUGAUUCCAUCUACAGUACUCAAGUUUAAAAUUGUAUGAUAGAUGCUAUGUUUUCAUAAAAUAUAACAAAUUAAUUGCAGCUAUAUGCCAGAAACUGCAAUUUUAGUA